ACUAUUUUAAAUCGUCCUAGGACUUGAAAAGUAAUAAAACUGAUUGAAAUAUGUUCGCCCUACGCGCUGAGACACGCAAAAUGUGCGCCCCGCUCAUUCGUCGUAUGUCCGGUUAUCCCGGAGGCAUUCCCGGCAUGAACUUGCCCUUUCGCAAGGGAAUCGAGAACCCGAUGCGUUUUACACUGAUCUAUUUGGUACUUGGUACGCUUGGAUUCGGUGCUCCAUUUCUGGUUAUACGUCAUCAAAUGCUACGCAAUGUCGAUGAUAAACCCAAAGAAGAGUAGAAAUUUGAAGUUAAAUAAAAACAUGGCGACUUCUUCAUAAUAUACAAUAUCUGAUUCAGUUGUACAUUUAAACAAUAAAAAAAGGAGCUUAACUUUCUGUGGAA